ACCCCUAGCCAUGCAUUGUUCAAAAUUCUUUAUAAUACAUAAUUAGCAUUCUACGCGUGCGCAGUUCCGUUCAAGGAGAAAGAAUAUUCAUAAUUGAAUCAUUGAUUAAUAAUUCUCGCCAACGCUUCAUUGCGGCUUUCAAAGAUACGAACGAUUUUUUCUCUCGAAGUCGAAACGAUUUAAAACUGAGAGUAAGAAAAAUGGAAACGGACUCUUUACUUUUUCCAAAACCUGCUAAUGUUUUGCCACAGUUCAACGAAACAGCCAGCCAAGAAGAACCGAAAUUGUACAGAAGGCGUUGGGUGAUGUUGGCAAUUUUGACCUUACUUACAGCCGAGAAUCUAACUCAAUGGCUGUUCUACAGUGCGAUUAGCAACAUCGUAGAGUAUCAUUUUGCUGUUUCAUCGUUUCCCGCGCAACUAUUGUCCCUCAACAACCUCGCAAUCAUCAUGAUUUUUGGUCUACCGGCGGCUUUCGUUAUUAAUAAGACGACUUUGAAGUCUGGCUGUCUCAUAAGUGGCCUGUUAAGUUUGAUCGCUCUGUGGAUCAAGUUCUUUGGAGCUGGCAGAAACGGAUUCGCGUUGUCAUUAUGCGGUCAAAUCCUAGCAUCGUUGGGAACUUGUUUUGUUCUUUCUCUCCCGGCACAAUUGGCUUCAAUUUGGUUUGGUAUAUAUGAGCGAUCAUUAGCCACCUCUAUAGCAGCAAGUGGUCUUUCCUUUGGCAUGGGAUCAGCCUAUUUAUUUGCAGUUCAGUUUGUGCCUGAUGUUGAAAGUCACACGAAAAUACAAGAUGGCAUACGUAAGAGUAUACUUGUCCAAGCAAUGCUCUGUUCAACCACAAUCAUUGCGGCUGUGAUUUUAUUUGAUAAUGUGCCCCCAACUCCGCCAAGUCCAUCUCAGGCAGCAGUCAGCACAGAUGACCAGACAAAACCUUCAUUCCUCACGUCUUUAAAGGAAUUACUAGGCAACACCUCAUUUGUGUUAACUGGGCUAACAUUUGGAGCAGUUAGUGGUGUUCUCUAUGCAUUUUUUAGCCUGCUAAGUGAUAUUGUUCUUGACAAUUAUGACGUUAGUGAAAAGCUAGUUGGCUGGGUAGGAUUCAUUGGAUCUGUGAUCGGUAUCCCUGGCAUGCUUCUCGCUGGGUUUUGGCUUGAUCGGACAAAGACUUAUAAGAAAUCAUUUGUGGCAUGUUCUGGUUUCAUUUUCAUAACAAGUUUGGCUUUUACAUUAGCAGUAAAGUACAAUGCACCAAUAGAGGUCAUAUUUUUAAUUGUUGCGUUAUUUGGAUUCCUCACAGCAGCUCUAACCACAAUGGGCUUUCUACUUGGUGCGGAACUGACGUAUCCUGUACCUGAAAUUUCAUCAUCGGGUGUACUUUUGACAUGUGGACAAAUGUUCGGUGUUUUGGUCCUUGGGAUAACAUCCUACACCGUAGCAUCGAUCAGCAGUGAAUUUGUAAAUUGGUUCAACACAGGAAUAUGUCUAGCUGCUUUUCUGAUUACUCCAUUCAUCAAACCUGACUUCCGACGGCUCAAAGAAGACAGCAUAUUGUCUUCCCACACUAUAAUUGCUACUAAUAGCGACAAAUAAUGAAUUCUGAAAUACAUGGGAAUAAUUGCUAAUAUUGGGAGAUUUUGUGGUCACAGAAUGGGGAAAUAUUUAUCGACCUAUUUGCAUUUUGGCUCAUUAUAAUUGCAACAUAAUAAACACUUUCCUGGAAAGAUAAAACAAGUGUUUAUCAGUUUAGCCCAGGUACCAGAGGAAAUGAAAAUGGUAUCAAGUAUAACUACCAAAGGAAAUGCAAAUGGAAUACAAAUGUACACCAUAUAAAGUAUUUAUUUCUUUUUACAACUAUAUAUUGACAAUCGAAACAAUAUUUAAUAUGUAGUUAAACUUUCAAUAUUUUGAAUAAUCUGGCUUCUCUUUUAUCCAAGUAUUAAGAAAGGCUCAUUGUGCUUGUAGAUUAUUAGCAGCUUGCAUGUAGUGUAUAAAAUAUUUAAAAAUUCUA